AUGGUACAGACGCAAUUCUGUAAGAAGGUCAAGUUCGUGCGACACGACGGAGCUCGCGAGUUUGCAACCAACUCGCUUCAACUGUUCUACGAAGACGAAGGCAUUGAACAGCAGACAACGGUGCCGUAUGCACAUCAAACAAACGGAACAGCAGAGCGUGCCAUUAGGACUAUUGUCACGAUCGGCCGCAGCAUGCUUCAUCAUGCCAAACUGGACAAGUGUUUCUGGGCCGAAGCAGCGAUGACGGCCAUCUACGUCAAGAAUCGACUGCCGUCACCUAAAGUCGUGCACAAGACCCCGUUUGAGAUCGUCUACAACUUGAAACCAAGCGUCAAGCACAUGCGAACAUUCGGGUGUCAGACAUACAUACUGACGCCUAAAGAGAAUCGACUCAAGUGGGAUCCAAAGGCUCGCGCUGGCAUAUUCGUGGGCUACGAAGAAGUUUCGAAGGCAUAUCGUGUUUAUGACAUCGAGGCGGGGCAGGUGGUUAUCAGCCGCGAUGUCAACUUCGACGAGUCCACCUUUGGACUUCAACUGCCGAUCACUGAUGAAGAUGUCGAUGACCUGGACUUCGAAUUGCUGGAUCUUGAUGACGAAGAGCUGCGUCAAAUGGAGUACAAGCAAACAGGCAAGCGCAAGAACCGACUCAAUGAUGAAGAUACAGCAGCUCCACGACCGCGUGCAGUGCGUCAACGACCAGGACUAGAAGAGUCAAGCGCGCCGGAAAACAACUCGUCACGACAAGAAGAAGACGAAGAAACGAAGGAUUCUGGUGAUUCAACACCGCCUGUGUUUUGGCGUGCGAGUGCAAAUGCCGUUGAAGCAGCAGUGGACUUAUCAGAACCCUCAACAUUUGAAGCAGCAGUAAGCGGCCCUGACCAAGUGCACUGGAGAAAAGCAAUUCAUGCAGAGCUCGAGUCAAUGCGACUUCGCGGUGUGUUUCGUGCAGCCAAGCUGCCCAACGGACAACGCGCCAUUGGCACAAAACGGGUGUUCAAGAUCAAGCGCAAGGCGGAUGGGUCAAUCGAGAAGUACAAGGCACGACUUGUGGCCAAGGGUUUCCGCCAAAAGUAUGGCAUCGACUACUGUUGCAUUGUAGAUCGGAGCGAGGAAAGCGGAGCAAACGGAGCGGAGAGACCGAAGAGAGUAGAGCAGAAAACACUUGCCCAAUAG